GGAGCUGCGCGCGCAAGAGCGGAAGAAGCUGGUCUGUGCCCCGGAAGCAUUCGGUGAAAGUUCCGGAGGGAGUCGGAGCGCCUAGUGCGGGAACCCCGGGGCCCAGCGACCGUGAUAAAAGUAGUGGGGUCGCCAAAAUGUCCCGCGGUUCCAGUGCUGGUUUCGACCGUCACAUUACUAUUUUUUCACCCGAGGGCCGACUCUACCAAGUAGAAUAUGCUUUUAAGGCUAUUAACCAGGGUGGCCUUACAUCGGUAGCUGUCAGAGGGAAAGACUGCGCAGUAAUUGUCACACAGAAGAAAGUACCUGACAAAUUACUGGAUUCCAGCACAGUGACUCAUUUAUUCAAGAUAACUGAAAGCAUUGGAUGUGUGAUGACGGGAAUGACAGCUGACAGCAGAUCCCAGGUACAGAGGGCUCGCUAUGAGGCGGCUAACUGGAAGUACAAGUUUGGCUAUGAGAUUCCUGUGGACAUGCUGUGCAAAAGGAUUGCUGACAUCUCUCAGGUCUACACGCAGAAUGCUGAAAUGAGGCCUCUUGGCUGUUGUAUGAUUUUAAUUGGUAUUGAUGAAGAACAAGGCCCUCAAGUGUACAAGUGUGAUCCUGCGGGCUACUACUGCGGGUUUAAAGCUACUGCAGCAGGAGUCAAACAAACCGAGUCCACCAGCUUCCUUGAAAAAAAAGUGAAGAAGAAAUUUGACUGGACAUUUGAACAGACAGUGGAAACUGCAAUUACGUGUCUGUCUACUGUGCUAUCAAUAGAUUUCAAACCUUCAGAACUAGAAGUUGGAGUAGUUACCAUUGAUGAUCCUAAAUUCAGGAUUCUUACGGAAGCCGAGAUUGAUGCUCACCUUGUCGCUCUAGCAGAGAGAGACUGAACAGUGUGGUCUACCCACCUGUGCAUUUGGUAACAACAGAUCGACAUUGUGGAGGCCCUUGAAAAAAGAACUCUUCUGCCACAAGUGGUGAUGACACUAUAUAAAUAAAGAACAGUGCUUUUGGAAAAUAA